AUGUCCAAGGUCAUAAACGAUGUCAAAUCAAACGAGGAAGUAUUAAUGAUGUUACUGAAGAACCAAACAUCAAUCUUGGAUUCCACUAUAAAUGUGGUAAGGAAAAGCAAUUCAGCUACCAACGACCGCAUACGAAACACAGAACGACAAAUAGAUGCUCUCACCAGAGAACGAGGAAAAUAUCAAGGCAACUAUCUGCAACAAGCAUUCAUGAUUCUGACAGCCCAGCUCACUCUACUGGCAAACGGAAUGCAGCGAAUGCAAAAUGAGAUAACCAACGUUCUUACCGACAUUCGCCACCGAACAAUUAGCCCCAUGCUAGUUUCUCCCCAACAAUUAAGGGAUCAACUUCAUCAGAUUAGGGAGCACAUCCCACCGGAUCAACAGCUGCCAGUCUCUUCAAAUGCAUGGAAGGCAGGAAGCUGGCAUGAAUUCAAGCUCAAAACAAGGAUCAUAACUGUCAAUGCCCAUAGAGAUCAAUUCAUGGGACUAACUACUGACGAGUUUGAUCAAUGUCUACAAUUGCCAAAGGAUGAACACAUAUGCGUCAAUCAUCAAGCUACGUUUAGCGCAGAUAAUCGAUGUGAAUUUCAGUUGUUCAAUAACAAGACUGAAACGGAAUGUGAGACUGCUAAAUCGAAGUCCGAUUUAAUAUGGUCAGCAACACAUCAACGAAACAGAUGGAUGUUUGCAACCCACAGUCCGAUCGAACUGCAGGCUGUAUGCAAGGGAGUUCCCUCCACAGUACAAAUGGAAGGAACAGGCUUACUAUCACUCGCCGCAGGUUGCACGGCACGCAACUCAAAAAUCAGUGUUAGUACAUUUAGCACAAGCCGCAGCAUAGUACACCAUCAUCAAGUAGCCGCCUAUGUGGCACUAUCAAUAUCAAUACUACUGAUCGUGACCCUGAGUCUACGAUAUCGCCGAGUCAAUUGGAGAACACCACAACGCAGCCCCAAUCCCCGGACAACAAGUGAACCGCCAGCACCCGAACCUACCCCACGGAGUUUUUCGUUCGACAUUACUGAAGGUUGA